AUUGCAUACUGCCGCGCGGCGCACUCACCGGAAAUUACAGACGAACAUGAGUGCAAGCAAGUGUCCACAGUCGUAUUCACAAAAUCUUGACCGAUUUCAGUGCAUCAUCCGGGUACUUUUGCAUACUCAAUUUUUCGCAUACUAUCCAUACUUUUUUCCGUUUUGAGUUGAGUAUACUAAAAAUUUUAAGUAUUUAGUAUGGAAGUAUGCGAUUUGGGACACACAUUAUAUUUCAUUGCUAAUCCAUAUAACUUUUGUUACUCUUAUCACAGUGUACAUUGUAAAGGGAAGAUAAUAGAUUUCAUAACCUUGCUUGUUUGGACUUCGGAGGUUAAACUUUGAUCUGCAGGCUGCUCAGUAUUUGUAUGUAAAAAAAAAAAAGACAACAAAACAGACAACAUGACCAUGUUUGGAUAUAAAUCCUUUGAAAAUGGGAAUCGGAAGCUGAGUGUUUGCAUGUGGAGUUCGGCUCGUGUGCGUGUCCUUGUGCUUUUAUUUGUUUGGAUGGGGUUGGAUCGAUUGUUGCUGUGUGCAAGAAAAAAAAAAAGGGAAAAAAAGCAUAAAGGAAAACAACGAUUAAGAAAACAGAGUGGGAGAUGUAGGUCUCGGCUACUUCCAGGCUUUGUUAGAGAAACGGAUGGGAUGGAAGGGGGGGUUGAGGAAAAGUGAGAACAUUACUAAACAGGUUCAAAAAUGAGCGGAAGCCAUUGAGUCCAUCCAACCGGCAAAUGUUGGCAGCACUUAUAGCGGCUUCCUGCAUCUUAACCUAUCACCAUCAGCAAUCCCACUAUCAAAAAUGUUUUAAAAACAUUGAGCUGGUGCUUUUUUAGCAACAUAUUAAAGACUCUAAUGAACUUUUUGCAAUUCUACAAUAGUUUCAGAACAAUUUUUCCACCAGCCAAUGUUCAUUUCAACAUCUAUCAAACUGUCACUCUUUGUCAACCAGAACAAAAGCGGGGAUUCCCCAAGUUUUGUGGUUUCCUGGUUGCCUGGACAGAACCAUAUUGUUUAUCUGAUAAUGUAUGAGCUGAAGACAUGCUUUGACUUCAAACCUCCCAAGCCGGUGCCAAAGUGUUGAUGUGUCUCCGGCAACAAUAACAGAUCAGUUUAAACUGCCUCUUCCUGUGAUUGCAGAGCUCUUUGGACAUAUAAGGGCAAACAGCAGCAAGCUUCUGGAAGGAGGAAGCGGGGACAUCCCAGGGAGCUGCCUUCGCUUGUUUGUCCAUCUAUUGGCAAAGAGAGAGAGAGAGAGAAUAGGAGAUAAAAAAUAAAUAAUAACGUUACGAAACUGUCCCUUUGAAGACGUGCCUCAGAGAAAGCAGAGAGCCUCUAAUACGGGGUGGAAUGGGAGAGAGAAAAAUAAGAAAAAAGGAGGUGGCUGGGGGGCAACAUGGAGAGAGACAGUUGACCUAAAUCUCAUGAACCACAAAAUAAUAAAGAAAGCUCUUGACCCCUAAAUUCAAAGCUGCUCUAAGGGGAGAAAACAACUGGAUACAUUAAGAAAUAUCCUCAACAGUAAACUCUUGUAUUCAUGAUUCAAAUAAGAAAUAAAGUGUUUCUUUUGAGAGGAGUUCGCUAACGCUACUUAAAAAUUAAAAGCACAUGAUCAGCAAGAACAGCUCUGUUGUUCAUCCUCGAAGUAAGCUUUUGGAUUUAGUCACAAAAACCACCACAAAUCCAGCCCUUUUUCCAUGCAGUGAUCUCAGUGGGUAGAGAUGCUAUGAUAAUGAGGGGCUGAACUGAAUUGCUGUCUGAUUCAUGUCUGAGGAAAGAGACUGCAGAUAGAUACAGAGCCAGAAAAACGCCACGUAUGGUAAGCCCUCCAGGAGAACUUGCGCCAGAACACCACUCCUAUGAUCAAAAUCUUACCAGAGUGUUGCAGCCGUGGUUACAAAAGCAAGUCUAUUAGUGGUUAAUCCUAAUUUGGGAACAAUUUGGGAGUUAUUCCUACGUUCUUUCCUGGUUCUGGGGCUAGUUUUGAAAACCAGUAACAGCAGUUGAUCUGCUGCCUCUGACCAUCAACAUUUUGAUUUUGAAUACUAAAACUUAACCACAAUAGCAUACAAGCAAAAUCCUCUGAGGAGUGGGUGUGACACUAUGCAAAUUACCCCUGUUGUUAUUUCACUUGGAAGCAAAUUCGACUGUUUUCUUAAAAGCGGACAACCGAAACAAUCAGUACGCUUACAUGUUUGAAAUUUUUGAGUUAAUAAGUGCAACUGAAACUGAACUUAAAAAAUACAUAUAAUUAUCUUUAUCAUUUCCUUUUUUCUUCUUAUUUUCUUUAUCAGUUCUUCUGCCUUUGCGUCUCAGUCUGUUUGCAUUUCCAUGAAGAAAUGAUCAUAAAUGUUCUUCCUUGAGCUGUGUCACCCCGCUGUUGUCCGUAAUGGACUGGCCUGAGGUCUCACCACAAACAAGCUGCUGCUGGAAGAGAGUGGGUGAGUUGUUUUUAGUCUCUUUGCUAAAGAAAUUAGGCAAAGUUAAAGAUGUUUGGUGGCUAGUAUUAGGGCUAGGACCCUAUAUGUACUGUUGAUGAAGUUAGGUGCUGUUCUGAACAUUAUUUGUGGUUAUAGAGUGGCGUUUUUGUUGAGGUUUGUUUAUGGCUCCUCAGACCGCUGUGUAUUGCUAUUGUGCGGUUAUUAAUAAAGUUGGUAUAACUAGAGAAGCAAGCUGUCAGCAACAUUCAUCUCUUGGGGGGGGUGUCUCACUUGGUGUUAUGGUGUGUUUGACCCUAGAUUAAUUCUACGUCGGAACAUCCCUUUAACAUACACAAUGAAGACAAAAACCCUUCACAAAUCCAUCUACAACAAGAAAUUUCAAUUUAAUAUAUGUACAAUGUUGUUGGGGUAUGGGAUAAUGAUAAUCCUCAAAAAAGUUAAUCCAUUUCAAUAGAUGAGUUUUGUAAUCUUAUUUUAAGAGAUGCAUGUGACAGACCCCCCACCUCUGUGUGUACACACACACACACACACACACACACACACACACACACACACACACACACACAGGGCAGCAGUUACAGCAGCAGCAGCUACGUCACACAUCGGGAAUGCAGUGAGGAUCUGCUGCUGCUGCUACAGGCCCCAGGAUCCGUCACAAAGUAGGUUAACGACGCUAAAGCUAGAGGAAAGUUAUUCCGGGAUAACUUUCUCUGGCCUUUGAAGGUAUGAGCGGAUGCGUAUUCUGUGUCUGUGUGACUGUUUUCGGGCUGUAGGUGUCGGUUAUUUCAUUGUUUCCUCCUCGGUUGUGUUGGAAGUUAGCCUGGAGGCAGGGCACGAGGCUAGCAAACAAGUAAACAAGCCUGUUAUCAAAGUUAAUUGUCGCUAAUUAUCCUUCAUCAUGGGUUACUACAUCUCUUUACUUGGAUGUUAUACUCACAUUUGACGCACAGGGCAAACAUUUUGGACGGACGUGUGUGCAUAUUGUUUGCUUAUCCACUCAGGAGACGUUAAUGUUGCUACGCGGAACAAACGUUAACGACGGUUGAAAAUGAGGAAUAACCGCCGGUGUGAAGUGAACGUGCUGCUUCUGUUUGCUCUCUUUGACCGUUAACGUCUUCUUUAUUUUUUGUAGAUGGCACUGAAUGGAAGAGGAGAGACACUGUAAAGGUACUGUGAAAGGUAGGAACUAUUACAUGGCUUCUGAAUUAAAUUGGUGUAUUCUUAGCGAAAUAUUGCUGUAACUUUUACUCACCCAAAAUGGCCAAAGUCAUUUAAGACUCUAAACGGUUGAAUUUAACUCGCAUAUCGUUACGAUAAGCUUUACUGUGUGGCACGCGUUAGAUUGGCCUUCAAAAUAAAAGCACCGAAUUCUCUUAAUGUCAAUAUCGCGAGAAAGCAGUGUUUUCUUUGGUGUAUAAGCACAUUUAUACUUUUUUCUACAGUUGUGAGCUAUUUUAUAUUAGCUUUUUGCAUAUUUUACGAUAUAUUUUAUAUCUUCUGUGCAUUUCUAAAACCCCCUCUAGUGGAGACAUUUUAUUUUGAAUGUCAUUCGCACCGGAUAUGGACUUAGCUGAUUUUCUGUCGCUUCACUCUCUGUCCUCAACUUUGACAUUUCUAUAGUUCUUGCCCCCUCUUUACGUCCACCCAGCAGCUUUCAAGCAAGUUAAUGAACUCAAAAAGCAGAGUUUCGUGUUUUGAAUAACUUCAACGUGUUACAUUUGCAUUUUGUAACAAAUUCGUCGCGUUUCGUCACCUGGCCCAGCCAUCCGCGGAUUUGAGUGUGUGCUCAUCCGGAUUCAGACAGUGGCUGAAUUUAGGUUGAUGGAGGGGGGAGAUAUGGUCACUUUUUUCUUCACAUGGAGAAGCCCAAGCCUCAAAUAUAACCGGUUUAUCACAACAACGUGAAUUAAAAUUGUCAAAACGCCGAAGCAAGGUGAUUUAACUGCAUCUUAAGCACCGUAUUCCUGUUUCUCUCCAUCAUCCCCCUUUCCCAUCAUUAUAAUCCUCUUACAAACAAGGACUUAUGACGGCCACACGACCCACAUACAAUCAACCUAAGUGGGUUAGGCCUGUUAAUUUCUCCACUCUGACAAUGCUGCUAUGCUUGCAAUCCAUUUAACUAUUGUGUCAGUCACACAAUGGUUUUCACAGUAGUAUGUCUGCGAUAUCUGCUGGCACCAGAUAGUCCAAAAACAUCAGCACAUCUUUCUUUAAUGAUCUUUAUUUUCUAAUUCAUGCCACAAGAUCUUUAUUUCAAACAAGAGCCACAGGUGUAGGUCAGCACUUUGUUUCCUCAGCUGUGCGCCGCUGUGUUAUUUACCCUGCAGAGAAUACUUAAUACAUUGUUAUGAGCCAGGUGUCCAUGCUGUUCAGACACAUAUCAUUACACAAUAUUUCCUGCCCUGUUUGUGUCCCCGCUUAAUUUGGAAAUCAAUCAUAUGAACGUGUAAACAUCCACAAAGACAAUAACCAUUGUGGCAGAAAACAUACAAGGGGUUACCACCUGUUUGUGUGUCUGUAAGAGCUGGAGUGUGAAUGUGCUCGAGAGCUGAUGCGGCGUGUCUGUCCCCAAGUGCAUAAACACACAAGCACACGUUUCAGAGCAAUGUGCAAGCCAGCUGGAAAUCCCCAAUCCUUUCAGAAGGGCUGCUGUCUUCCUGCUCCUCCAUUAUGAGUCUAUUGUUCAGUCUCUGUGUCCCCGUUGCCAUAGGAAACAAAAUAUGAAGCAUCCCCUAGUUUCCAUUGGUUACCUAUUGAGUAAAUACACACAGAAGCCAAAGCUGAGUUCAUGCUAAUGAAGGAUAAAAGCUGCAAACAGAACCAGAGAAAAGUCAACGGUCUUAUGUAAUGAAAAUUCAAACUACUGCACUCAGAUAUUAACUAUUCUGAACUUUCUCUUUUUGAUACCAGAAGCCUGCCAUGUCCGGUCCUACCUGGCUUCCUCCGAGAACUCUGGAUAGCCCAGAGCGAGCCGUCCCCCAGAUGUCCCACUCUGCAGGGUCAGCAAUCUACAGAGCCCCCAUCAAGAAGGGGAUGUCCGACUUCCGGCCAAAGUAUGGCGGCCCCUAUGACCAGAAUGGAGGAGGAGGAGGAGGAGGGGGUAUGGCCAACAGAUACAUGGCUGGGCCCGCAGGUAAGAAAUCCACUGAAAGCAGUUUUCAUGUACCAGUUUAAAUACCGCAAUCAUCUAAAAUUUCUCCUUCUUCUCUCACUCAAAGGUGGUCCCAUUCAUCAUUCGUCUAAUGAUCACUACUACACCCCUCCUCAUGGUCCCAAAGACGACCGAAACUGGAGCCCUCACAUGGACAGCUACGAGCUGAUGGUGGGUGCAUAUUUUCUGAAAACAUCUCAGAGUUUUCGAGCUUACAUUUAACUCCAUUAACGUUAAACUUUGUGUAUUUUGUCUUUAGCACCACGGUCCUGAAAAGCCGGCGAACUAUCACUCCAAAAUUGACGCUGAUAUCGACUCCCUCACCAGCAUGUUGGCUGAUCUGGACAGCCACCCACAGGACUCCAGCACCCAAGUAGGACUCCUCAUUUUGCUAAAACUGAUUAGAAACAUCUCUUGAAAGACAAAAACAACAUUCAACAGUUUAAUAACCGACUUCUCUGACUCCACACAGCUGUACGACAAUGUGCCUUACAACAAGUACCUCUCAGGAGAUCACUACAAACCUGCACCCCCUCCUCAGGCUCGGUCCUCCAUGGGCUACCCGCCUCACCCACAGAGCCAAUACCACCCCUCGCCCGCCUACCCCAACGAGCACCAACCCUCUCAGUACUCCACCUCCCACCAGCAGGACUACUACUCUUCCUCUUCCACUCCAAAACCGUACCCUCAGCCUGUUCCAGCCUCCUACACCACCGCCUCCACCCCCACCGGGCCCAGGUUCAGCGUCCAGGUCAAGACAGCGCAGCCCGUCACCUACUCUCAGACCGGAAGACAGGCAGAACAGGCCUACACUCCGCCCCCUCCUCGCCAGCAUGUGUCACGCCCCCCUCCCCAGACUCAGACAAGUCAACAGGGCUGGUACCCUCCUCACGCGGGGUCACAGGCUCAGGAGAUGCUCUCUGAAGGGGGGUACAAAGGAAGCAGCUCAGGAGGAAGAGUUAACCAAGUUCCACUGUCCAAGAGAGGGAUGGAAAAUAAUCACACGGGGUCAGGGGUGGCUCAGAGCUCAGCUUAUCAGUCUAACAAGGUAGGGACACACAUCAGGAGAGGAUCUGUGUUGGUAUUUUUAACAGAGACGUUUUAGAUUCUCUGCUUUUAGAUUUCUAGAUGUGUGAUUUAGUUCCUUUUUUCCCUCCUGCAGGGGUUAACAACAGCCAGGCCCGAGGAGGAGCUGGACCGGCUCACCAAGAAGCUUGUGUACGACAUGAACCACCCCCCUGUCGAGGACUAUUUCGGUACAGUCACUUCUUUGUGCUAAAACGACUUGAGCAAACCCCGCCUUGAAAAUAAACAUCUAAAGUUUGACUUUCUGCUCUCAGGUCGCUGCGCCCGCUGUGGCGACAACGUGGUAGGCGACGGCAGCGGCUGUAUCGCCAUGGAGCAGGUCUUCCACGUGGAGUGUUUUACUUGCAUCACUUGUCACGCCCGUCUCAGAGGGCAACCGUUCUACGCCCUCGAUAAGAAGAGCUACUGUGAGAGCUGUUACAUUGUAAGUGAAGGACGAAGUAUUCGGUCUUUGUUUAUAAAGCACCACGUUCUUCACAAAGACUGAAGAAUCAUAAAGAGAUAUCGUCAGUAUAUAUAAGUAAUAGAAAACAUUCAAAAAAAGCUUAUAUAUAAAGAAACCUAAUGUUUCUUCUGUCUUUGUCAGAGUACUUUAGAGCGCUGUUCAAAGUGCUCCAAGCCCAUCCUAGACCGGAUCCUGCGGGCCAUGGGGAAGGCCUACCACCCUCGCUGUUUCACCUGUGUGGUCUGUAACUGCUGUCUGGACGGGGUGCCCUUCACCGUGGAUGCAACCUCCCAGAUACACUGCAUAGACGACUUUCACAGGUACUAAGACUGGUAGAAACUUUUUGUUUUUUUCUUCCUGAUAUCCAAAUUUAAGCUAACCUUAAUCUCGCUGCCUGUUCCACCUGACAGGAAAUAUGCCCCCCGCUGUUCAGUGUGUGGGGAGCCCAUCAUGCCUGAACAGGGACAGGAGGAGACAGUGAGGAUAGUAGCUCUGGACCGCAGCUUUCAUGUUAACUGCUAUGUCUGUGAGGUGAGUCAAACGAAGCAUUUUAUUUUAUUUCUGCAGAUACUUUUUUAAAUCUUUGAAUUUAACUUUAGUCUUUGCAAAUAUACAUGCAAAAAUUCUAAACCUGCCUACAAAGUUUCGUACUACAGUAUCAGAUAUACACUGAUUUUCUAGAGCAGGACCUUAAGCGCCCCAUGUUUGAGUUUUAGUGACUAAAGUCUCUGUUCUCUUCAGGAAUGUGGUCUCCUGCUGUCCUCAGAGGGAGAAGGCCGAGGCUGUUACCCACUCGACGGCCACAUCUUGUGUAAGAGCUGCAGCGCUCGCCGUAUCCAGGACCUCUCUGCCAAAAUCUCCACCGACUGCUAAAGAACCCCCUUUCAGCCCUUUUCACAAAUCCACACACACUCAUCAUGUUACCUGCUAUUCACAGAAAGAGAAACGCUACUCUGCUCAGACUCCCCUUUUCCUUGGACUCUCCUCUAGCUCCCUCUGUUGGUGGCAAACUGCAGUUUCAUUUGCAGAGAAAAACUCUCUUACGAAUUCAAACGAGCAAUGCAGUUCUCAUGAAGCAGCUAUUUCCUUUCAUGCAGAAGUCCUGCUACGUUUUCUUCCUUUUCCCUCUCCACGUAUCAUGUUUAGCUCCGUAUCAGUACGACAGUAGCCUGACCUGCAGGCAGCUUGGGCUCCAAUCCUCCACUUAUCCACACCGGUACUGCUCUAUGAUUAGCUUGCACAUUUUUUUAUCACUGUCGAAGACAAUGAAAGUCUGGAGGGAAAUCUAUGAUUAAGACCUGAUAAUGAGGGAUUUUCUCGCUGAUUAAAGGCACAACUUGAUAGAAAGGAUCCGGAUGUGUAUAUUUAAAAACAGUCAAAGUGCAGAACUGCCUCAAAACAAGCACAUAGCACAACAACUGUGAAGUGUACAUAACAGGCGUGUUGAAGUUGUGCGAUGAAACUGUCCCUAACUGGGGAGUAUGUAGCGUUUAGUGCAGUGAAGUACCCUCAGAGAAGGGGAAAUCUAGACAACAGGAAUGUGUAGUGAACUAAAACUUUGUACGCUACUUUUAAUUUCACGUUAGCUUAUUUCCUGCGACAUCGAAUCUUUCGUACGUCUCAAAGAUAUCAAACCGAGUUGUUUGUUUAACAUGCGUGUUUGGUCGAUACUUGACUGUUACAUUGAAGUCGACGGUGCAAUGAAGUAAGUACUUUCUUCUGUUUAAAGGAAAUCAGGGUGUCGGUGGAAAACUUGUGAAGAGUUUAUAAAUGUGCCAUGAAGGGUAAGACUGAACAUGAAAUAAUGCUCAAUAUAAGCAAACAUUGGCCACAGUAAUGUACUUUACAGAUACUUUUUUUUACACCUGAAUCUGAUAUCAAAGUGGAAUUCAAUGUGACGUAUUUUUACCCAUAAAAUAGUGAUCUUCUUCUUCACGUACGGAUUAGAUUUUUGCUCUUUCUUGCACACGUGGGCCAAGUUGCAGCUCCAGUAUUUGUUAUGAUUGUGAUUAAACGCUUGUUUUUCCGUCCGUUUUUUUGUAUAAGUGUAACCCAAAGGGCUAGAAAUUUGAAUGCCUUACCUCAAGGAUGUCACUCAGUUUGGUAACAAAUGUUUUUUCUGUGAAUUCUGCUUUUUUUGUGUGCGUGACUUAACUCUAUCAUGCUUCAACCAUAUCCAUCAGUUAAUUUAUCUCAUGUGUAUACUCUGUAUUUUCAUUAAUCUGCUUGUUAUCAUCUCAUUUAUGGUCACGUGUCUCUGUUCAAAUCCUCACCCAUGCCAAUAAUGUAACCGUCAAUCAUACAUUCGUUUUUCUUACUGUGUGUUCGGUUUGAAAUGCCGUGAUUUGGAGUUUGUAGAGUGAACCCUGAGGUGCUGCAGCAAGCUGAUGAAUUCAGAAGAAGUAAAGGAGGAUGUUGAAGCAGAAGAGUUUGUUAUAUUGAGUGAAGAAGUGCGCACAUGGAUGAAUUUUCUCCUAAUGCAGGUUGUAGUGACAGAUCUGAUUAUUAAAACGUCAAUAAGUCGAGUUGUA